GGGAGCAACUCUAAAACAUCUUCCUUUACAAGUAGUACUUCUUCAUCGCAAGGUAAGCACUAUUUCUCGUUUGGUUUGAGGAGAGGGAGUAUGAGCGUAGAAAGUAUUCAACAAUCCGAUCCGACCAAUAAUAACGAUAAUAACAACAAUAAUAAUAACGCCCUAUUCUCUUCUUCAGCGUCAUCAUUAAGCGCUUCUAAUAGUUUUGGAACGACUUCGACUUCUUCGUCUCCUCCGAGUCAGUUGGUGUCGCAUACUCCACUGACUAGUUCGACUUUGCCGACUGUUAGCACUACUGCUUCUCUGCCUCAGACCUCUCCGUCGUCAAGCGUCGCCACUUCAAAAAGUGAGCGUGCUACUUCGUCAACUUCUUUAUCCCCUAGCACAGCUCAACCUAGCUCUAUUGUUACCUCGACAGGUGGUAUUGGUUCUCAAAGUAGUAUAGGAGGAAUAAGUAUAUCUCCUACUGCAAAAACUACACCAACAGUGAGUUCUUCAGCCAGUGCUACAAACCCAGCAACCUUUAGUUCGACACCAAAAGCAGCAAGUAGUUCUACACCUCUCACCUCUCUGAGCUCAGCUUCAGCUACAAGUGCUUCUUCUGCGAUACCGUCGAGCUUCUCUUCUUCAGGCGUGUUCAGUGUGUUUCCUUCCCUACUAUCGACAGGUUUUUCCUCUCCCGAUCCUACAGAAGCACCUGAUCCUACAGAGGCACCACAUCCCACAGAAGCACCUGAACCUACACAAACUCCAAGUGCCACUCUGUUAGGAGCCCUGAGCCCGCGCAGUUCUGGAAGUACCGGUAAGGCGGUUUCGGCCACUUCGGUGCCUUCUACCACCUUAAGUGGAGCAGCCGCGUCACCAACUCCAACGGCGGAUCCAACAGCUACAAAGACUCCUACUCCUACGAAGUCUCCAACUUCUUCUCCAACGCCAAGUGCCACUCCUAGUCCGUCACCCACAAAGUCUUCUACUCCUGAUCCGACGCCGACGAGUUCUCCCACUCCAACAAAGACUCCUUCUCCAACACCAACAAGGACGCCUACUCCUUCUCCAACACCUGUACCUACGCCAACUCCGACAAAGUCUCCGACUCCUUCUCCAGAUCCGACGCCGACGAGUUCUCCCACUCCAACAAAGACUCCUUCUCCAACACCAACAAGGACGCCUAUUCCUUCUCCAACACCUGUACCUACGCCAACUCCGACAAAGUCUCCGACUCCUUCUCCAACAAGAACCCCAGCUCCGGAUCCCGUGACGACAAGAACACCUUCUCCUACUCCAGCAAAGUCUCCAACUCCUACACCAACUCCAGUACCGGUGACGAAAACGCCUUCUCCUACUCCAGCAAAGUCUCCUACUUCUACACCAACUCCAGUAUUGGUGACGAAAACGCCUUCUCCUACUCCAGCAAAGUCUCCUACUUCUACACCAACUCCAGUAUUGGUGACGAAAACGCCUUCUCCUACUCCAGCAAAGUCUCCUACUUCUACACCAACUCCAGUAUUGGUGACGAAAACGCCUUCUCCUACUCCAGCAAAGUCUCCUACUUCUACACCAACUCCAGUAUUGGUGACGAAAACGCCUUCUCCUACUCCAGCAAAGUCUCCUACUUCUACACCAACUCCAGUACCGGUGACGAAAACGCCUUCUCCAACUCCUACACCAACUCCAGUACCGGUGACGAAAACGCCUUCUCCAGCUCCUACACCAACUCCAGAGUCCUACAGCGUCUCCUACGCCUCCAGCGUCUCCAACACCGUCACCUUCUCCGACUCCGCGUCCACCAUGGUCUCCUCCGUCUUCUCGUACACCAUCACCUUCGCUAUCUCCAAGUCCGACUCCAACGGUACGUGAUAUUCUUGUUUAUUUUUGUGUCUUUACUUAUUGCUUCGUAGGCGACACCAAUACCAACGCAGAUUGUACCAAGUAAGAUUCUGGUUUUUUCUAUUUACCGCUUUA